AUGGAUUACUGUUUAUUCCCCACAGGACUUCAAAGUGUUACUGGUCCAUCACAUGACCACUAUCGCCCUACUGACAUUCUCCUAUCUGAUCAAUCAUCACCGCAUCGGAUCGUUGGUCCUCGUUGUUCACGACAUUGCCGAUUGCUGGAUGGAGGGCGCGAAACUAUGCAAAUAUAUAAAGAAACACAGGCUCUCCGAGGUGUUAUUCACAUUAUUCGUUCUCAUUUGGAUAGCGACACGAUUGAUAUACUUUCCAUUUUGGUAAGUCUGUGCUUGUUGCUUAAUGUGAUCCAAUUGUGUGUGCGAUACUCCUCCAGCGACUGGAAUUUAACCACGCACUAG